CGGGCCCCCGCACACCGUACUGCCGGCCUCUGGGUCCCUGAGACCCUUUAACCUGUGAGGACGUCCAGGGUCACAGGUGAGGUUCUUGGGAGCCUGGCAUCCGGCCCAACCAUCAGCCUGGGGUCCGACCCUGACCCCUGACCCCUACCCCCACACACCCUUCCUCCCUGAAAACCCUGGAGCCUGACAUUGGACUGGAGACUGAAACCCGACCUCUGACCCCGUAUCUUGAGCCCCUCCCCCGCACCACGGUGACCUCACAAAAGUCUCCAGCUUCUCCACAGGCUGAGACCCUCCGCUAUGGCCCUUCUGGCCCCAGGGAGCGCUGUGCCGUCCGCCCUGGUGGCCCUCACGGUUUUCAGGGCCUCCGCCUGGGCCUGUCUCCUCUGCUUCACGUCUUACAACGAGCGCCUCCAAAUCUGCCAGAUCUUCGCCGGCCUGGAGAGCCCCGACCUCGGGAAGUGUGAGGAGGCCUUCACAGAUGCCUUUAAGGGCCUCCUGGACACUGAAAUCAACUACGAUGAAAGGAGCCACCUGCACGACGCCUUUACCCAGAUGACCCACUCCCUGCAGGAGGUGGCCGCCGCCCAGGGGUCCUUUCGGGUUGCCUUUCCUCAUGCCGCGGAGAAAAUACAGAAGAUUAUAUUACAGCUUAAAGAAGUCCGGGCCUGCAUCCCUCCCUGCGGACUCCAGGAGGUCGCCCGGCGUUUCCGCUGCCGAGGGUGCUACUCCACGGUCUGCGACCUCCCGCUAGACUGCCCAGUUCAGGACUUGACGGUGACUCGGGGUCAUCAGGCUAUGUUCUUUUGCACUGUGAACUUCCAGCUGCCUAAGGAAGAGAUCACCUAUUCCUGGAAGUUCGCAGGAGGAGGUCUCCGGACUCAGGACCUGUCCUACUUCCGAGAGAUUCCGCGGGCCCGAGGAUACCUGGCACGGAUCCGGCCGGUGCAGCCCACGCACCGCGGGACCUUCUCUUGCGUGAUCACACACGACCAGCGCCCCCUGGCGCGGCUCUACUUCUUUCUGAAUGUGACAGGUCCGCUACCGCGCGGGGAGACUGAGCUCCAGGUCGCUUUUCGGGAAGUGUUGCGCUGGGCGCCACGGGAGGGGGAGAUGAUCGAACCCUGGACGCCCAGCCUGGGCGAGCUGCUGGCCAGGCCCGAGGCUCUGACGCCGGGCAAUCAGUGCCUGCUCGCGGUCGCUGUGGCCUUAGCCUCAGCCAGUGCGACCGUGCUGGCGUGGGUAUUCUUUCGAUGGUACUGCAGCGGCGACUAACAAAGGUAUCUUUUUUAUCCUAUUUCCAUCCCUAAAAUAAAGAAUCUAUUUCAGCUCUCUA